AUGUCGAACGUAGUGGUUUAUGUGUUUCUCUUGGAUAAUUUAGCUGGUUUUAACAGCGCUUUGAACGACACCCUGACGCAGGGCGCACCGUAUUCACUAAAAAACUCAACUUCAAGAAUCCAGAAAUGUGGCGUUGACACUACUGAACAAAUUCUGAACGCCGUAAGCCGCGAAUUGAAAGUUGAAGCCGUACCUACUUUUAAAAUAAGGGAAAAACAUCCAUUGUCCAGUAACGAAUCACAAGAAACAUUAUUGUAUAAUGCAUUGAUAGACUCAUCCUUACCCGAAACUGAUGUCAAAGAGGAAUAUUAUCAAAAGCCCUUAGAUUCUUUUGAAAAUGAUGUCAAUCGAGAGUAUGAACUAAACUAUGAUGAACCAGCUGCUGAAACUACAACAGUAGUAGGAAACAAUGAGACCAACAAAAUGGUGACGGAAGAAUCUACAAACGCGACUAAAGCGGUUGACUAUCCAAAAACAGCGCCAUUUCUGGUCGCCAUAUUUGAGACUCUAUCAAAUACUACCGCGCAAACUUGCGCUGGUACAUUGAUUGCCUCACGUUGGGUGCUGACUGCCUCCAAUUGCAUUAAUGUCUUAAAGAGUUUAUAUACUAAUGACACUAACGGGACCGACCACCGGUCUUUGUACACUGUAGUGGCAGGCGCUACCGAUCCACUGUUUGAUGGGUCUGUCCACAACGUGACUACGGUAAUAAUGCAAAAUGGAUAUUUGGACAAUACACCAGGAAACCACAAGGGCGUUCAUAUGGAUAUUGGGCCUUAUUUAGCAAUGUUGGAGAUUGAGCCGGAGUUUGAAGGAUCUGGUAUAGAGCUGGUUGAGGAGAAAGUCAAAAGGGGUCAUGUCAUGAUCUAUGGAUGGGUAAUGGUUAAGGAGGACAAUGGGGUGGAAUACAUGAAACUUAUGAUGAUGUCGGCGUUGAUACUGAGUUCAGCGGAGUGCCAGGCGAUGUACAACUACAACAACAAUGACGUGAUAUGUUUGUUUAGCGAUGAAAAGGACAGAAAUAUCACACAGUUGAGUUCUGGAGGGCCAGUGCUGAUACUGCAGGAGGACCACGUGAAGAUGCUGGCAGUGGUGCAGACUGAUGAGCACGUUUACAUUGCAUACCCACUUUAUAUACACUUCAACUGGAUCAAGAAAAUACUUGAAAAUAAAGAGUAA